AUGACUCGUGGUCCCUACAUUGUUCCGGCGCUCAAGAAGCACACCGCCACUGUCAUCAUGGCCCACGGGCUAGGAGAUAGUGGUGCCGGAUGGAUGUCUCUUGCCCAGACCUGGCGCCGCCGCGGCAAGUUCGACGAGGUGGCCUUCAUCUUCCCCAAUGCGCCCGACAUCCCGAUCACAAUUAACAUGGGCAGGCCCAUGCCUGGAUGGUACGACAUCUCGAAACUUGGCGGUGACUUGGAGUUCGAAGAAUUCCUUAGAACCCAGGACGAGCCAGGAAUUAUCCGCUCCCGCGACUACUUCAAUACCCUCAUCGAGCAAGAGAUGGAAAAGAACAUCAAGGCUUCGCGUAUCAUCCUAGGCGGGUUCUCCCAGGGCGGUGCGAUGUCCGUGUUUGCUGGUGUGACUAGCAAGGAAAAGCUCGGCGGUGUUUUUGGUCUGUCAUGCUACAUGCUAUUGAGCGACCGGAUUAAGAACUACCUGCCCGAAGAGUGGGCCAACAAGAAGACGCCGUUCUUCCUUGCCCACGGUCUCGAGGAUGAGGUUGUUCCAUUCGCCUCCGGGAAGACCUCGGCGGCCAAGCUUAAGGAGCUUGGCGUAGAGAAUGUUUCCUUCAACCAAUACGAAAACCUUGGUCACUCGGCGACCCCCGAGGAAAUUGAUGAUCUAGAGAAGUUCAUUGAGAAGGCCCUUGCCACUGAAGGACAGGGUACUGCUUCCGCUGGUUUAUGACUUGGUCAUGAUCAAAAUGAGAACAUUGAAAGUGGCCUUUGGGGAUAUACCUUGAUAAUGGGUUUCAUGGUGCUGCUUGCUGCUGUCAUCUGGUCUAGAUAUCAGUUGUCAAAGCAGAAACAAUCCACACAGACGCAUCAUUAACAACCUCAACCCAGGUCCACCUUUGGGAUACAUAACAAUGCAAUUCAAAUGUGGUGAUAAAGCUGGUGCCGGUAUCCUUACUAUGUUGGCGGUUUUGACACCUAUUGGUGCCGCUGCGUUCAUGUUCAUGUCUAUAUAGCAUUUUCUACGCAUAUUUCAUGGAAACCAUGUAUUUGAAGUGCU